AAACCCCCGUUCAAGCAUUGCUACCACCGUACGUCUCUCGCCAUUAUUAUUUGUUGAUAAUAAUAAAAAAAUCUCUCUUUUUCAUAUAUUUGUCUAUGCACUGUAAAUUUUCUCCUGAAGAUUUUGGGGAGGGGAUUUCGAAACGAGAACUCUCUGUACAUAAUAGACCGGAGGUCAGAGGCUCGAAUCUUCGCAAUUAACAAAACUAAAUCACAGAGGAGUUUUCUUGAAGACUUAUGAUCUGCGAUUAUCUGGGGCGGAAUGGCAGGAGGAGACUGCCCCCUUCAGUAUACUGGUGGUUUCGUAGCUACCCCUAAAGAGGAACCAGUGGUUUUGAAACCACCCCAUGAUGGAGCCGGCAGUUUCUCUCUGUUGAUUCCCAGGGUGAAUUUCAAGCCUACAACUUAACGAUAACUUUUCUGUUGAAUAUUCUUUUCCAAAUCCUUACUGGAUCAUUUUGAGAAUUCACCGAUGCCUUGGGAUAAUUUGUUUGAAAUCCAGAGUAUAGAUAGAAAGGAUAGAUCUAAGGUAUGAGUUCGAGCAGUCAAUUCCUAUAAAUAGAUAAAGAGAUUAUUGAAACAGGGAGUCAUCAUAGAGUCUUACCCAAUUUCAAAGAAGCUGUCGCGAUUUUUAAGAAAAAGGCAUAUUUUCAAAAGAAGAAAAAUCCAUGUUCGAAGGGCAAUUGGAUUGUGGGUGUGAUUAUCAGAGUUACAAUCCAAGUUGAAAUCUCGUAAUAUGCCUCCACGAAAGCCUUGGGAGAAUGUUGAAAGCUCAUCUGGUCCUUCUCCAUUCAGACCUUCUUCGACCGGUCCUACAAGCACAGUUGUAGAGUCAGCUGGAGUUGCAAAUAUUGGAGAGAAGAAUUUAGAUGCUGAAAGAAGACUGCCUGUUGCUAAUAGAAGCACAAUUGGUAGGCCUAUGCCACAAAGACCCUGGGAACAGAACCGCGGUGUUGGCUAUGGAAGUAACUAUGCAGGGUUUGGUUCCAUGACGAAUAAUAAUUCUAGCUAUGGUGCUAUGACACCUUACAAUUCAGGAUAUGGUUCUGGUAUGUAUGGAUCAAACAGUAUGUAUGGCGGAUUGGGAGGAUAUGGAAGUACAAUGGGAGGAUCAUACAGCGGUGGUCUUUAUGGCAACAAUAUGUACCGUGGAUAUGGUAGCCCGAAUGGAUAUGGUGGGAUGCUCAAUAAUGGUAUGGGAGGCCCAAUGGGUGGAUACGGCUUUGGAUCAGGAGGUCCUUAUGACAAUGGGAUUCAAGAUCCAAAUAAUCCAUUUGGUGGACCUCCUUCGCCGCCAAGCUUUUGGCAGUCUAUGCUGCGGGCGUUGCAUGGUGUUGUCAAUAUCUUUGGACGAAUUGCUAACCUUAUUGAUGAAAACACUCAGGCAUUUCAUUUUUUCAUAACUGCUCUUCUCCAGCUGUUCGAUCGGUCGGGUCUAUUAUAUGGAGAAAUUGCUCGGUUUGUGCUGAGGUUGCUUGGAAUUCGGACAAAAUCAAGCGCCAUGCCCAGGCCUGGAUCAAGAGCAAUUGCUGGUCAAGAGACACCUGAAAACUACUACAUUGAAGAACCUAAAGGAGCAACCGGUGCCUUUGAAAAUGUUUGGGAAGAUGAAGGUGGCAGGCCACAAUAAUCACUAGCAGGAUAUACUACCUUUAUCUGAUGAAGUAUUUUCCCUCUGUUUAGUAUAUAUAGCAACCAAUAUGAAGUGGCUUUCCUGCUUGAAUAUAUAUUGAAUGCAAACUGCAGCGGUGCAAGAGCUUGCAGUUUAAAGGCAGUGGAGAAAUCAGAGGGCUGAUGGGGUGACCAAGAGUUCUUUAUUUCCACGUAUCGAGGCAGCUAGAAGCGGUCUGCCAUGAUAUCUGUUUAUGACGAGUGAUAAGUAUUAGUAACGGAAUAAUACCAACUUUAGUUGUAGACAGGUUGGAGAAAUUUGGCCGAGUGUCGAGGUUUGUGUUUGAAUAUUUGACCCCUUUGUAAUAAGGAAUUAAUGCUCUAUGUAUAUCUGACCGUUUCCUUCAAGUUCAAGCUCCUUGUUUGGCUUAGAAGGUUGACUGCCAUAUGUGUAUGUAUAAUUAUGACAUUUCGAGUCAAUAAAAGUAAGUCUUAUGGUCUUCUAAAGAGUUUUAAUAUUUACAGCAAUUUCAUCACACUUGCAAAUGCUUUUGCAAAGCAUUGAGGCGAAACAGUUCACCGAAUUAUGGUAAAUUUGGCUGGCGUUUGAGCUGUGUCCUAACAGCGAUCCCUUUGUAACAAGGAAUUGAUGCUGUUCAUACCUCUUCGUUUUUUUAAGUGCAAGACUUUUAUUCCAGGUCUGGAUCACAAGGUCCAGUGCCGAUGUAUUAAAUACUUGUGGCAUUUUGAAUGAAUAAAUCUAUGGCAAUUUUAUCAGA